ACUACAGCAGAGCUGUGGAAUAGACUACGACGGAUACAGCCAUACAAGCAGGCGCGGUCUCCAUCACCUGUCCCACCCUUGCCAGCACGAUGCCCCUCCCAGGUCGAGGCGCCUUUCCAUCGUCUGUGCCUCCUUCCUCGACCUCUUAUCGCGAGCCAACCGAGGCCUCUCGCUCCUUCGGCACCUCCUCCUCCAACCGCAAUCUGAGGGGGAAUGCCCGCAUCGCCGAGUAUCGCGUCCUCAAGGGCUUGCCACGUGCAGAUGAGGCCCUGGCAAUGCUCCGGCGCGUAGGCGCAAUCGUCAAGCCAAUAAUGGUCAGGCAUGGAUGGCAUGUCCCCCUUUUGGUCGAGUUUUCGGGGUUCCAGAAAAGGCCCCCUGAGCUACUUGGCAUGAAUGUCAACCGGGGCCAGAAGAUCUUUCUCCGCCUGCGCCACCCAUUGUACAGCAGCCGUGACCCCUCCAACGGCCAGCCGACCAUGUCCGACUCCUUCCUCUCCGAGGAUGACGUAGUCUAUACCAUGCUUCACGAGCUCACGCAUAAUGUCCAUGGCCCGCACGAUGACAAGUUCAACGCCUUACUCAAGGACCUGGAGGAGGAAUGGUUUGAGCAACGCCGUACGGGAGGGAGAGGCUAUAUGCCCGGUGAUGGAUUCUUGACGCCUGGGCUGAGACUGGGAAUGGGGCAAGUGAGCAAUGCAAAGACACCGGCGGAGGCAAGGAGGCAGGCUGCGGCUAUGGCCGAGGAGAGGAGGCGCAAGCAAUUGUUGGGCGUGGGUGGUGGCAGGCUCGGUGGCGGAGAGGGGGUUACGGUGGAUAAGGACGCGGCUACCCUUGCGAGGGAGGCUGCUGAACGACGCCGUCGCUUGCAGGAGGUAGACAAGAAGGCUGGCGGAGGUGGUGGGGUGUGCCCGUCGACGCAAUCCGGGAGGGAGGAGGCCAUCAAGUGGCACGAGGAAGAGGAGCUGUUGCAUGGUAUCAAGGUGAUUACCAUAGAAGACGACAGCGAUGAUGAGGAGGAGGUGCAGGUCAUCGAGAAGCCAGGGCGAGGACCUUCGACAACAAACGAGCCAGACGCCAAAGGCAUCGGUAGCAGCAAACAUGACACCGCCGGGCCGGCCUUACCGGCCAAGGGAACGGCCGUCAAGGAGGAGGGUGCCGGCUCAACGAAGGGCAAAUCCAUGGGCAGCAUCAAAGCCAUCGUCAUCGACGACGACGACGACGAAGAAGGCGAAGACGACUUCUCGACAAUUUCGGUCAAGCGCGUGAAGCGAGCGCCACCGUCCACAGCCAAAGCCGACGGCGUCGUCAAAACCUCCUCUCGCCUGAAUGGCACCACCGUCGCCGCCUCCUCCUCCACAGCGGCCUCUGGUCCCUCAAACUCAGCCGCAGCAGCACUCGCCCUGCAACGCAUGCAGACCAAACGCAACGCCAGCAGCGCAAACGAUGCAGGAUGGCGCUGCUCGACGUGCCGACAGUGGAUGGGGGGCGAUCAGGCUAGCUUGUGGAUCUGCAUCAGGUGCGGGAGUGUGGCGAGGAAGUAGGCGUCGACCGACAUGAAGGCAGGAGAGAAGUAUAUACCAUCAGCGCUUAGCAUCAGUCAUUCAUAGCCAUAGUCACAGUCAGCACUCAUCGAGAAUCACAUUAAUCCGCAGUCAUCACC